CUCGAUGAUUUAUAUUAUUUGCAUAAGCACACCGGGAGUCACGUUGUACAUUUUACAUCUGUAAUAAACCUUUAUUUAUCUUCAAACUCUAUUACAACGCGUUUAUACUUAUUCAAGAUGUACAAGUGGAAGGUGUACAAAUACAUAUGUUGUGAAACGUUAACACGCCGUUAAUUACAAAUGUCGUUUAAAUAGUUGUAAUAUGGAACAAAAUUUCUUAAAAUCGAACACGAACGAAUAGAUGUUUGGAUUAUCCUGCAUUAUAAGAAUUAACGAGAAAAUAUAAAGACAGACGUCACGCGUUUUACAGUGUAAGAAAUUACUACUUCUCGAAAUACAUAUGUAUUAUUUUACUAUGACCGACUAGGAGACAGUGUGUUCCGUUUGAAUAUAUCCUCGAUUUUUCAAUCGCUACGAAUAGCAGAAUCGGAAACAGAAGAAAGAAUUACUACGCAUCAGGCUUCAGGCGGUAGAAACAUGUGGAAGCUUUAAAAUUUUUGUGAAAACAUACAUUUUUAUUGAAAAUUCUUAAAUUAUGCGUGUUUUUUAUGAGCGUACGAGGUAUGCACUCGAGUCUCAUUGACGUACCAAUAAAGAGGAUACAUAAUCAAGAAAAUUAUGGCGGCUGCUGCAAAGAAUAUGCGCGUGCCAGAAAGUAAUAUUCUUCAAACCAAGAACACCGACGACUCUCGGUUGGUAGGCGUUUGCAGCGAAAUCGAAAAACAACUACAAACUGUUUCUCCCGAGCGUCGUGACGUUCAACAACAUCCAGCAAUCACGCUACCCACCUGCUGUCCGCGCUAUCCACCGGGAUCUACGUUGCUGGAGUGUCGUUUCGAAGGUGAUCAACCUGUGGCGCAUAUUGUCCAAAUUCCCGGGGAUCGGUGUACAGCCAACCAGAAGAUAAAUUUGCUCGUCGAGACGAAAGCGACAAAAUUUGGACCAUCGGCCAGGAUCGCGUCUUACCCUCGAGAAGAUUCAACGACGUCUAACGAAUCGUGUCCAAUAGCGAAACGUCCUAUGACCUUUUGCCUGGAAUCCCGCGAAUGUUCAGAGGGACCGGUCGCUAGAGCCGUCUUGGUUCCCACGGAAAAUCGGUCCGCGAAUGGCUCGGAUAAGAUAACGACGUUACACAUCGAAAAAGGCGACAAACAUCCGGACAAACCGUAUUCCAAAGUCGCGUACGGCCCAACGAUCGAAGAGGCAGACACCCAUUGUAACGUGGAAGAGCGGGACGCACCUGUGACGUUCUUCGGUUGUACCGCGUCUAAGAAACAGGCGACAGCUAGAAUCACCAAAUGCUUGAAAAACGACAGGGACGUUGGAGCGAAAAGGUGUUUCGAGACGCGCGUCCCUCGAGAUAGCGAGCGGCCCACGGCUGUGGGUUUUAUCUGCCCACCAGAGAAAUCGGGACCGUGUUCGCACGGUAUUCUCGAAACGAAGAUCGACGAGCGUGGACCGGAAACACGAAUGAUCGCUUUUCCACGGGCCGAAGAUUAUUACGGUUACAUGGAAUCUAAGGCUUGCGAGGAAGGACCGACUGCUAGGAUAAUCCAACGAUCGGCCGAUACUAUCGACGAAGAAGAUCGUCCUCGGAUCAAAGGCUUCGAACAACCUGAUUCAAAAUUCCAGUGUUCGCCAUCGAAUUACGCAGCUACUUGUCCAAGCACGAAGCAACCGAAAGAAAAGCACGUCACCGAUAUUAAGCGCGAUUUGCCGGCAGUGAAACGUAGAAACGGCCUCGAUUCAUUUGACGUCGAUAAACCAAAUACCUCGAAACGGGAGCCGAGAAGACGAGUUUGUCCUGCUUAUUGCUGUCAGCCAACACCCAGACCUAAGUCGUGUUCGAAUUCGUUCGAGCCAAAUUGUCGAAAACCUCGUACCAACGCUGUCGCUUCUGGUCGCAGGCACGAGCCUACGGACAGAUCAAAAUCGUGUUCGAGCACGCUUCAGCAACAUCCAGAAUCGCAGACCGACUCUACCGACGUUAAAACGCAGAAAUAUCUUUUGGUACCGUGCACAGUUGUGGACAAAACGAGGGAUGAAGUAUCUAGAAGCGAUGCAGAGGAUUGUACAAAGCCGAAGGGUGUUCCUCGAAUUACGUCAGAGGAAUUGCUGACUCGGUAUAGGGAAUAUAUGCCUCCGAAUAUAUUGAUUCGCUACGAAGCAUGUCGUUCAAAGAGGAACGGUCUUCAGGAUCAGUGCACUUUGCCCGUUCCAAACAUCGUGCUCGAAUUAAAGAAGAAAGAAAUGCAAUGUUUGCAACGAACCGAUGCAUGUCCCAACUAACCACGAACCAACGAAACCACACAGGUUGGUUUUAUUUCGUCGGCCUUCGAUGAACUUAAGGGAAUAACCAGGGUCGACUCGUAUUCCUUUUCUUUAUUUUUCCCUAAAACAUGUUCGGGCACGUCCUGGUCGAGUCCGUGCGAUAUACAAGUGUCAGUAACCGUUGAAAAAACGUAGUCGCUUUGCAAGUGAAAUUGUAAUUUACGGUGCAACUCGUUUAAUAAAAUUGUUUCUAAUGAAAAAUUGCGUAAUGCAUACUUAUUAAGAUGGACGUUCUCUAUAGCGUAGAUACUGUAACGUAGAUAGCCGACCUAAUAGAUUUUCAAGGAAUGUCGAGAAUUUGGAUGGAUUUAAGAGGUUCGGAAAUACUUAGCGUCGAAUAUACGAGAUAUUAUUCGUCUUAUUCGUUACAGCAAGGUUGAAAAUAAAAUCGUUUAUUCCGUACCUUACGAUAUUCGCGACGUUCGAACGAGUAUUACGAAAUUCAUUAUCCAUACAUAACACAGCCGAGGACGUCGGGUGGCGUGAAUCGACGUCUUGCGUUUUUCAAGCGUUGCCGACGGCAGACGUGAAACGACGUUUUUUGUUUUUCCAAGCGUUGCCGCGUUUUCCAUUUACAUAUUUACCUUGCAAAAUUGUGCGGCA